AUGACAGUCUCAGAAACCGUUGAAAACGUCGCAUUAGGUUCUUAUUUAUUCUCAAGACUUCAACAAGUCAACUCAUUAAAAUCAAUCUUUGGUGUUCCUGGUGAUUUUAACUUGUCAUUAUUGGAACAUUUAUACAAUUUCCCUGAUUUAAAUUGGAUUGGUAAUUGUAAUGAAUUAAAUGCUGGUUAUGCCGCUGAUGGUUAUGCUCGUGUUAAUAAAUUUGGUGUCUUGGUUACAACUUUUGGUGUUGGUGAAUUGAGUGCUUUAAAUGCAAUCAGUGGUUCAUUCACUGAAAAUGUUCCAGUUUUACAUAUCGUUGGUACUUCAUCCACUAUGGCUAAGAAAUUGAAUAAUAAAACUUUACAUCAUUUGAUUCCAAGUAAAAAUACUUGGGAAGUUGCCCAAGAUCAUUAUGUUUAUGAAAAAAUUGUGGAGCCAUUCAGUUGUAUUGUUGAAUCUUUGAAUGAUGAUGACCUAACAGUUUUACAAUCCAAAAUUGAUAAUGUUAUUGAAACUAUUUACAAGAGUAAAAAACCUGGUUAUUUGUUUAUUCCAUCAAAUCUAGCUGAUAUUCAAAUUCCUGUUGAUACCACUAAAAAACUUGAGUUUAAUUCAAUUGAUAAACAUCCUGAACUAACUAAUCAAAUUGUUUCCAAAAUUAUUGAUAAACUUUACAAGAAGAAAUUUGCAAUCUUGGCUGAUAAUUUGAUUGAAAAUCGUAAAGAUGUAUUAAACAAUUUCAUUCAAUCAAAUAACAUUGACUGCUUUUCAACAGUCUUAGGUAAAUCAAUAAUUGAUGAAACUUUUGAAAAAUUCCAUGGUGUUUUCAAUGGUAAAAUUUCAUCUGAAGGUGCUGCUGAUACCUUUUCAAAAUUUGAAUUAAUCUUACACCUUGGUGUUGUUACAAAUGAAAUCAACAAUUUCAACAAUUUGAAAGCUAAAGACUUUGUUGGUGAUGUUGUGGAGCUAGGUAAAGAUUAUGUUUUGAUUGAUGAUGAACUUAUAACAUCUGUUGAUGGGGAAAUCAUCUUUGAUUCACUUUUGGCACAAAUUGAACCAAUGAAAUUAUGUACUGAUCAAUCUGUUGAAUCUUGGGGAAGUAAAAGAUCUUAUCCAUCAUCACCAACUUUAUUAAAUGCUACUAAAAAAUUAUCACAAUCAUCAAUGGCCAAAAUCUUGGAAUCAAAAUUAAGAGAAGGUGAUGUUAUUGUUUGUGAAAUGUGUUCAUUCUUAUUUGCAAUUCCAGAUAUUAAAUUCCCAAAAGAUUCUUUAUUUAUUUCUCAAAACUUUUAUGGUUCAAUAGGUUAUGCAUUACCUUCUACACUGGGUGCUUCAUUGGCUAUUCGUGAUGCUGGAUUAGAAUCAAAACGUCGUGUCAUUUUAUUACAAGGUGAUGGGUCUGCACAAAUGACUAUACAAGAGUUAUCAAGCUAUGUUCGUUAUGGUAUUAAACCAACCGUAUUGUUGUUGAAUAACGAUGGUUAUAGUGUGGAGAGAGUUUGUUGUGGUCCAACAAGAAGUUAUAAUGACAUUCAACCAAAUUGGAAUUGGUUGAAAUUAUUUAAUGUGUUUGGUGAUGUCGAAAACAAGAGUGUUAAUGUUCGCGUGGAAACUAAUCAUGAAUUGGAGAUGGAGUUGAAUAAAGAUGAUGGUGAAUUGAAGAUGAUUGAAGUGAUGUUGGAUAAAAUGGAUGUUCCUUGGAGAUUCAGCUAUGUUGCAGGAAAGGCUAAGUAA